AUGUUUUUUCUUGAAGGAACACUUGUGAAACUGGAUCAAGCUCAUGUUGAAACGGUCAUUCCCAAUGUAGGACGAGAGAUGAAGAUUGUCAAUGGCGCUUAUAGAGGAUGCAAUGCCAAGUUGGAAAGUUUGGAUCAAGACAAUUUCUGUUUGAACUUACGCAUUUCGGAUGGUCCCAUGCAUGGACGGAGUUAUAUCAUGUCUCUAGAAGGCGAAGUCAUCAGAGGCAGCUUGAAAUUGAAGAAAGGUGACAUCUUCAAGAAGAAAAAGAAGAAGGUCGAUCCGAAGAUGAUUGAUUUAACGAUCAAGAAGGACGACAAAACAAACACAGCAGGCAAGACGAAAGCGGAGAUUGCAUUCGAAAAACGACGGGAGCAGAAUAUAUUUGAACGAAUGCAGAAGAAAGCCGCCGUAAGUCAUCGUGAACGAGUGGAGGAAUUCAAUAAGCAAAUGAGCGAAUUGACUGAGUUCAACGACAUCCCUAAGGUUUCGUGGACGAAGUAG